AUGUAUGAGAACAGCAAUAUUAUUUUAGAGCUAAACGCGGUGAAAGGGUAUUACAACAAAGUUUUUACGAACACACUGUUGCAAACUUUGCAAAGAGAUAUUAAGGUGGAGGACCUGAUCUUCUCAUAUAAUCAUUAUUCAAAUUUACUUGUUGAAAAUAAAAAUUAUGAUGAUGACUAUCAUGAAAUAAGUAGCGACUAUUUGAAAAGUGAUGAUGAAAUGGAUAAAGUAUCCCCCAACUCGUUUGAUAAAAAUAAGCAUUUAGGAAUGGAACAUUCUAAAGAGGAUACUAUAAACUAUUUUGACCCAAGUAUAAGCGAAGAAACAUUUGAAGAAAAAAUAGAAAAAACUUUUGAUUAUUUAAAUAAUUUCAUAAAAUCAUUUUGUGAAGAAAGUCAAAUGAACAAGUCAGGUGAAAUGGAAAUAAUAAAUAGUUUAAUGCAAACUUUAGAAAUAGAAAAAGUAAAUGAAGAACAAUACCAAAUUUUUAACAUGUGUUUUGAUAAAUUCCAAAUAUAUCAAAUCACAUUAAUUGUGCUAGCGUAUAUUCUAAGAAGUAUUUUUAAUUUAAGUUUAGGUAGGAAAAUUAUAUUCUCCAAUGAAAGAAUAAAUGAAAUAUUAUUAAGAGCAUUAUAUAAGCAGAAUAUUUAUGUGCAAAUAUUUACUUUGAAAAAUUUAAAAAAGUAUAUAAUACAAGAUGGGGAAGAUUGUGACAAAAUACAUUUAAAAAUGAUUAAAAUUUGUAUCUUUAGUAAAUCUCUAUGUUCAUUUAAUCGGGCAUAUGAAAUUUUGUUACAUUUAAUUAAAGACAACAAACAAGUGAGUGAAAUAUUUGAUUUUUAUUUUCUAAAAAAACUGAAAAAAUCUCUUGAAAACUUAAAUAAUAUACAGCGCUUGAGGUUUCUUGAUCUCAUAUGUGACAGCAUAAAUUUAAACGCUGCAAAAAUUUGCGAUAUAUUUCGAAUAAGUAAAAAAAAUAGCCUCAUAAUUAAUAAAGAAGGAAAUAAUUUGCUAAAGGGGGAGGGGGAAAAUAACCAUUCAACUAAUUUGUUAGCCGAUUCAAGUAACUUGUUAACCGAUUCAAGUAACUUGUUAGCCGAUUCAAGUAACUUGUUAGCCGAUUCAAGUAAUUUGUUAGCCAAUUCAAGUAAUUUGUUAGCCGAUUCAGCUAACUUGUCAGCUGAUGUACACACACGGAAUGCUAAUUUCCAAGUGCACAAUUUUUCGUUUGAAAGCGAGUAUGAAGAGGAAGUGUGCACCUUUGGAGAAAUCUCAUAUAUUUAUCAGAAGACCGUCGAUGAAAAAAUGAAAAAGUACAAUUUAAAAAUUAAGGAUAUAUGUAAAAUGACGAAAAUUAAUAUAUAUAAAUAUUUACAUAUGAUUUAUUUAAAAGAUGAUUUACUGUUAAAAAUUAACGUGUUAGAAAUUUUUUCGAAGUUAAUUCAAAAUAUAUAUUAUUGUGACGCAGUUUUUGAAAACACCUAUUUUUUACACACCGUUUUGAAUGAUCUUAAAAAUAUGUCAGACGAAGGAGAAAUAUUACACUUAAGUAUUUUUAAUUCUAUAAUAUCAUAUUCCAAAAUAAAUUCAUCGGUGUUAAGUUUUUUAAUAAAUGCACAUUCGAAUAUUUUGAUGACAAGAAUUAUUGAUUAUUUAUCGGAAUCUUCAAAUAAAAAUAAUGAAAAAUUAAUUGUUGGGAUUAAAUCAUUUGGGUUUUUUUUUUCUAUUAAACAAUGUAGUCAAAUUCUUUUAAAUAUAAAAUCAAAUAUUCAUUUACUUGCUAUAAAUAAUAUAAACACACAUGCUCAUACGAAUGUAUUAAGACACUCAAUAAAUAUAUGGGUGAAAAUCUUACCUUCCAAAUCCAUGAAUUUUGAAUGGUUUAAAGAUUUAAUUCAUACAAUUCUGUUUAACAAGAUAAUUGUAGUAUUAAAAGAAAUUGAUGAUACACUUAUUCAAAUGAAUAUUUAUCAGCUUUUAGAAAUUAUGAUUACAUAUAAUAUAGCUCAUUUAAUAUUGAAAGAACAAUGGCUCAUUAGAAGCUUGCAAGAAAAUUUUGAAAAUAAUAGUUAUGAUCUCAAAAUGAGUAGGUACAACUUUUUUAAAGAAUUUUACCAAUUCAGUAAAAAUAUUAUCAUCAGUGAUCCGUUUGCAGACACCCUAAUUAAAAACUUUAUUGAGAAGAUACCAAAAAGAUAUUAA